CCUCACCUGCACCCUCACCUUCUGAAACCAUGUGUGGCAACUACUACGGCGGCUGUGGCUACGGCUCUGGCUAUGGCUGUGGUUAUGGCUCUGGCUAUGGCUGUGGCUACGGCUGUGGUUACGGCUCUGGCUACGGCUGUGGCUACGGCAGUGGUUACGGCUGUGGCUACGGCUGUGGUUACGGCAGUGGCUACGGCUGUGGUUAUGGCAGUGGCUACGGCUGCUGUGGAUACCGGCCGUCUGUCUACAGGAAGUGUUACUCUUCCUGCUGCUAG